GUUUGGCCGGGUGGCGGCGGGGGCAAGCAGGAGGGUUAAAGCAGCCUUCGAUAUUGGGAGAAGGGAUGGAUGUCCCCCCCUUAUAAGAGAGCGGUGGUGAAAUCCGUUUAUAUCGUUCAGAUAGAAUGGAACGGCCGCUCACUGAGGACAAUUUAUAGAACUACAACUCCCAGCGUCAAUGUUUAAUGGAGGAAGAUUAUGAUGAUAUAAGAAUUGAAGAAGAAAUAGAACUUGAAUUAAGCAAAAUCAGUUUUUCUUCCUCUGAAGCAGAUGAUCCUGAUCCUGAUUUAUCAACAGAGGCUUCAAGUGAUGGUGAAGCGCUUUCAGAUGAGCUACCAGAAUCAGUUCUCCAUUAUUUAAAUUUUGUGAGAAGCAGAAGUCAAAAUGCAGAAAGGCUCAUCUUGCAAGUUUUGGAAAAUGAUGAAAUGUCAAGUAAUAUCUACAGUGUAGUUCCUAAUAAUGCUUCAGAAAGCUUGGCUGAGUUGGCUUCUGAAUAUAAUGAAGAUCCAGAAGAAUUAAAGAAAAGGGUAUUAUCUGAAAUAGAAAAUGAGGAACAACAGAUGAGUGUGACUCCUGGUAAUUCCAUUGAGCCCAGCAACAGUGGAGAUAUUCCUUCCAAUGAAAUUGCUGAUGGAUGUUCUUUGACAGAUGAUGGUGGCAUAGUUAUUAGCUUUACUUUCCAAGAAGUUGAAGAAAAAUGCAAGCGAGAAUAUGAGGUUUGGGUGGAAAAGCAAAAUGAACUUGAAAAUGAAAGAAUAAAGGAGCUGAAAGUUAAGAGGGACAUGGAAGAAACACAAACUGAGGAGGAGGAAAAAAGGAGACAACUACGUCAGGAUGAACUGGAGGCUGAACGAAUGAAGUUAGAAAUGUUUCAUGCGCAGCAGCAGGCUAUGAUGGAAGAGGAACUGCUGAAAAAGGAGAAGAUUUGGAAAGAACAACUGAGACAGCACAAGGAGUUGAUUAAUAACUUACACAUACAAAUAGAAGAAGAAAAAAAGACCUUUGAAGAACAACAAGCAAUGGAAAGAAAACACUUGUCAGAAAAGCAGAAUAUGGCAGCUGUAAAAAUUCAAGCUAUGUUUAGAGCAUUUUUAGUGUACAAAAAAUAUGCCCCAGUUUUGAAAGAAUGGAGAAAAGAGCUAGAAAAGAAAAGAGAAUUACAAGAAAUGAUGAAAAGGGAAAUGAAAGAAAAGCAGGAAAGAUGGAUGAGGAGGGCUGUAGAGAAGAAAGAACAAGAGGAAAAACAAAGAAAGAGACAAGAAGAAAAGGAGAGACAAGAGCUUGCAGAAAAGAUGAAGAGGCAUGAAGAAUAUGAAAAGAAGAAAGAAAUUAUGAGACUUCAGCGAGAGCAGCUAAUGUUGAAAGAAUUGGAAAGUGCAGAAAAGGGCAAACUAAAAUCUGUGAUAGAAAAUAAAAUGGAAUCUGAAGAUAUGGAUAAAGAAAUACAGCUUUCCAAGAAACAACAAGAAAUAGAACAAGUCGAAGAAGAUAAAACUGAAAAAAUACAAAGGAAAAAGAAGCUUGAAAAUACAGAUAACAAUACAGAAAUAGCAAACGACGUAAAAGCAGUAGCAAAGGUAGAAGAACAAAAGGAAGAAAAAGCUGCCAAAAUAGAAAGGGGAGUGGGACCCAAAAAUACAGAUAAGGCUUUAGCAAUAGCAAAUAGGGAGGAAGAAAUCAAAAAGAUAAACGAACAAGAAAAAGCCAAAGAUGAAAAAACAAAAUUAAUUGUGGAAAAGGAACAGAGAAAAGAAACACAGGAAAAAAUGUAUGAGAAAGAGAAAGAAGAUGAAAAACAUGGAAUGAUGCACGUAGGAAAUGAUGCGAAAGACCAUUGUUUGACAACUACAGAAUUUCAGAAAAACAGUAGCACAAAUGCUCUCAAAAGUGAAACUAUUACAAUAGUUAAUCAGAAAAACAGCAGACAUAGCAAUUGCAUUAGCAGGGAUGUUCAGCUAGAUUCUGGAGACAUUGGACAGAUAGAUGGGCCUUAUGCAUCUGAAAAUAUUAAAAUAGAGCUUGCUUUAAAAGAAGUUCAUGAAGAAGUCACAAAUCGUUGGGCCAAAGGUGAGAACUCAGUCAGUUUUUUUGAGCAACCAUUCUUGCUUUCUGAUUUUAUUGAAAAUAAAAGAUUAGUGUGGAUGAAAACAUGUAAAUCCUGGUCUAGAAUAUAUAGGGAACAUCAGAGGAAAAAAAUGGUUGAAAGAAGCAGACCACGGAAAUGCUCAGCUAGCUUGAUACCUCCUCUGAGUGCCACCAUGAUAAUCCAGGCUGGCCCUUGGAAUACUCUGCAACAGGUGACCACAAUUAUCUUUCAAGAUUUGCCUGGCUGCAGCCUCUCCACAUUGUCACAGUGUUCAAAGCUUCAGUUUCUGAGUCUCAAACGUUGUGGAUUGGUUGCUUUGGAAGGACUGGACAACUGCAAAGAUCUAAAAUACAUAGAUGUAGAGGAGAACAACAUUCAAGGGAUGAAUUGUGAGAAUCUAGAAAAUCUCUGCAUUCUGAUUCUGAACAAGAAUAAUAUUUCAUCACUUCAUGGUUUAUAUGGCUGCACUAAUCUAUGGAAUCUUGAACUUUCCUACAAUAAAAUCACUCGAAUUGGUGGAUUGGGUUCAUUGAAAAAUCUUCAACGACUGGUUGUGGAUCAUAAUCAAUUGAUUAGCACCAAAGGACUUUCUGAUACUCCUACUCUUGUGUAUAUAGAUUGUUCUUUUAAUCAUCUUACUCAUGUUGAUGGCAUUGAAAACUGUGGCCUUCUUCAAGUUCUGAAGUUACAGGGGAAUAACCUCAAUGAGUUCCCCAGCCUGGAAAAUCAUGUUUUGCUAAGAGAAUUAUACUUGGAAGACAACAGCAUCUCAUCAUUGGAAAAGCUUUCUAUGUAUUGGCUGCCUUUGCUACGGAUUCUUUUUCUUUCCCAAAACAGUUUGACUCGGCUUGCACCCCUUUUUUCAUAUGUCUCUUUGGAAAAGCUAGAUAUCAGCAACAACUGCUUGUUAGAUCUUAAGAGCAUCAUUCAGUGGCUUGGUGGUUGUGAUAGCCUAAGAGAAUUAUCCCUACAUGGAAAUCCACUUCUUCAAGAAAAGAACUGGAGGUGUUCCUUAUUUAAAAUUCUUCCCAAUUUGAAAAUACUUAAUGAUGAAAACAUAAAUUCUGAUGCAGAAAUCCCAGGUGAAAAAAACAACAAAAAAGCAGAGCCAGGAAGUUUUGCAGCAUUUUGUCAAGCUCAGAUUCACAAAAUUGACUUAGUCAGCAAAAAAGCCACAACCAGGUUAAUAGGUGAAUUCUCUGCAGAUGCUGUACAGCUCCAGUGCUGGUAUCUUAAGAAGCUGAUGAAGCUUAGUAGUGAGCACCGUUAUGCACAUGAAUAUGGAGUUCUAAACACUACUGAAGGAGAGGAACCAGAAAAACCAACAAAUCAUUUGAACCAAGAAGCCAUUAACAACAUAGAGAAAAAUAACUUCUUUAUCACUGGUGUAAAACAAAAUAAGCAGGACUCAUUGAGCAUGUCUGAAAGAUGGAUUGCUCUUGGCUAUGCUCAGACUAUGCCUGUUAACUCCUUCAUGACAGUGCCUGGAAUGGGAAAGAAUCAAGAAUACAGACAAAAAAAUACUAUUCAAUAUUUCCUUAACCACAGUGGGGAAAGCAAAGAUAACAAUGUAUUAAUCAGUCCAAAGAGAAACAAAUUCUGCAAGCAAAUCACGGCAAGUAAUGGAGGAAAUUAUCUUCAAUCUUUUGACAAUUCACAAAACUUGGCAGCCACAGUUAUCCAAUCAUACUGGCGAGGCUAUAGAGUUCGUAAAAAGAUCCAUUUCUAUGCAAGGCAACAUGUGGCAGCAACCGUAAUCCAGUCUUGUUGGCGAAGCUUCUGUACAAAAAAAAAAAUAGCCAGCUGCAAGAAAGAUCAUCAUUUUAUGGACAAGCAUAAAGCUGCUACUAUACUUCAGGCACUCUGGAAAGGUUUCUGUCUGCGAAAGAAACUGGCCGGUGCUCUGGCAGCUGUUAAAACUGAUGAAGUUGACGAUGACUACAGAGAAGUAACUGUGGAUGACUUUAUGUUUGAUGAAACUGUCAUAGAGAAAGAAUGGCCGGCUUUGGAUUCCACCCACUUCCUUUCACAAACACUACUAUGCUCGGACCAAUUGCCCUCGCCAAAGUUUAAUGAACCUGCAAGAUGUGAAGACAACUCACGUGAUUUAAAGUGGUUUCCACAUAAAACCUGGCAGUUUAGGGAAAGACCAAAAUCAUUCUCAUCAGAAAACAGCCAUAUUAGUAACAGGUCAGAGAAGACUACUCUCUCACAGCUCUCUGACUUGAAACUUCCCCAAAAGUCAUCAUUAAGAUCAGAAAAAGAAGAAAAAAUUUCAGAAGAAUGGGGUUUUAAAGAUAUUUCUACUGCACAGCUGAUGCUAAAGAGAGCACAUAAAAUGAAAGCAAAAAGAUCUAAAAAGCUUGACCCAGCUGUGCGCCUGGCGUUGUUCAAAAACAAUGAAAAUAAACAUCCCCCUGUGAAACCACCAAAGAAGGCACAGACUGAAAAAACUGGUUACUUUGAAGGUAAGGAAGAAGCAUUUACUCACAUAAACAUAUCAGCAGAGAAGAUGGAAAGGAACAAAGAGCGUACAUACCAGUGGCUCCAUACACAGGUUUGGGAUUAUGAAGGAGCUAGUCCCAGAAAUGAAAAAUGCACACAUUUCUUACCUGAGAUAGAUCCAGAAGUAAUCAAGGGAGGAAGAGUUCAGCUUGUGACAAGCCCUGUAAGGAGAGAAGACACGGAUUUAGAGCUUGUUUCCAUGACCAGUGGAAGUACUUUGACUCAGAACAAAGAAAAAAAUAAUCAGCCACACAGACGCUCUGCAGGAUCUUCAAAAAAGGAUGCACCUGCACCUGAAAGAUCACAUUUGGGCCCCUCACAUAAAGAGCGGAUAUCAUUUCGAGACCAUCCGGUUCAAUUCAGCGGUGGAUGGGGAAGUGGCAAAAAGAAAGCAAAACCUUUGAAAUAGUAGUUGGACCUUGGGCAUUUAAAACAUAUGGUGAGCUGUUUCUUUUCAGGAGGUCUGUGAGUUGCCAUCAUUUUAGGAUUCUCCAGAUGAAAAGUUCCAAAACACCAUGUACACUGUAUUUUAUUUUAAUCUUAAUGAUUUUCAACAUUUUCUUCUUCCUCUUCUGCAAAUACGUUUUAUAAAUGCCACAGAAAUUACAAUAUUUGUAUCUGAAUUUUAUUUUUGCAGUUUGGUUUAAGAUGCAAAACAUGUCUUGAAUUAUUAUAAAGUGAUUUGUAUAAUCCAGUCAACAUUUAGAUGUAUAUGUACAAUAAUGAUUUGUGAUUCCACAGUGGUAUGUGACAGGUAGCCUGAUCCACAGUUGAACUAAAGUACUUACUGCACAUCUCAAUCAAGCAAAACAAAUCAAAAUCAAAUUGGCCCAAAUCUAGGUACUUUGCUUCACUGCUUUGUAGACUGGAAUAUAUAUCUGUUAAAAAAAUAAUAAAAUGUGGAAUUUUAAUCUUAUUCCAAACAUAUUAAUGAUGUAAAUAUGUUUUGUGUAAAAAUGCAUCAAAUUCUAUUCAACAGUUGCA